GCGGUGCGGCUCGAGCCCCGUGCUGCCCCUGUCAGAGCAGAAAGCCCAUCUAGCGGCCGCGGCGCCUCGGCUCCUCGGGCUCAGGCUGGGAGGGCGACAGCGCGGGAACGGAAAGAAACUGGAAACGAAGACUCGACGCGGGAAAAUGGAACUCUGAGUGUGCGCGCGAGCUUGUUUGAUUUCAAAUUUGGUCCAGAAAGCAAAUGAAAGCACUGAGGCGAAGUUUGGCUCCUUGGUUGCGAUGGCGAUGUCGCUGAGUGAGUGAGGGACGCGGCGCGAGGGAGCGGACGAGCACCAACUUUCCGAAGGCGCGCGUCCCAGGUCGCGCGCGCGCCACCCAACCAGUCCAGCCCAGUCCAGCCCAGUCCAGCGCAGCCCAGUCCAUCACACUCCAGCCCAGCCCAGUCCAGUCCAGUGCAGCCCGGCUCGCACUUUUUUCCCCGGAUGUUUCAUGUGAGCGCGCGGUGACGCCGCUCCCGCCAGUUAAACUGCAGAGCUAUUCUUUUUUGAGGGGUUGAAGUGCAGAGACAGCGCGCGCCGGGUUAAGGGGGGAUUUGUGCAGCGCGUGCUGGUGCGGAGCGCCGGAGGCUUUUAAGGAGAGGAGGAGGAGGUGAUCUGUCCGGUUCCUUCAUGGCUUGUAAUGGAAGGGCAAUGAGAGCGGGUUUCAGGCAGGAAUAAAAGCCAACAGGAUGCGGGAGCGGGACAUGCAGAGUGUAUGUGCGUGGCUGCUGCUGCUGACCCUGGCCUUGCUGUCCCUGUGGGGUCGGCUGACUCUGGCCUCACACCGCACCCACAUUGUGCAUGUAAAGGCUGGAACGUGUGAAGUGAUUGCGGCUCAUCGCUGCUGUAAUAAGAACAAGAUAGAGGAGAGAUCUCAGACUGUAAAGUGCUCCUGCUUACCCGGACAAGUGGCCGGAACCACCAGAGCAGCUCCGUCCUGUGUGGAUGCAUCAAUAGUAGCUCAGAAGUGGUGGUGUCAGAUGCAGCCAUGUCUGGAUGGAGAAGAAUGUAAAGUUCUACCUGACCUUACCGGCUGGAGCUGCAGCACCGGCAACAAGGUCAAAACAACCAAGGUGACCCGGUAGUGGCAUCCUCCAGUCUGGACUGUGGGGGGUGUUGGCAGGGGAAACAGAAGACAGGAGGACUUACAGUGUAUGGAAGCGGUCACCCUUAGUAAAGUAAUAUGAGAAGCAAAGUCUCGUAUUCCCAUCCCAUUCAUGAAAAUGAGGACCAUCCUAGUGGUCAGCUUUCCUCCUUCCCCUGCUCACCCCCCUCCUCCCUGGCUCUGCCGUCUUCAGUGUCUGCCACAAAUCUCCUCAGCGCAGGUACAAGGACGAAAGACUGUCUGCUCGCCGCAGUCCACCAGGCAUGGGGAUUAUAUCUGACAGAAGAACGCUCACAGUGGCGGAUGGCCCACCUCUAACGUCGGAAGUUAUUUUAUCUUUUUACUUUCUGCCUCUCCCCACCGCUCUGACGUUCUGUUGUGCUCCUGGAUCCCCCCCUCGCGUCUGUCGAUGCUUCUCGUAAUCACACCUUUUGUACCCAGAACGAAAGGUGACAUUUUUGUUUCCUCUUCCAGAACCUUGUCCUUCUCAGCAUUUUAACUUUGGAAAGUAGAGCUGAAGUUCUGGACUUACUGACCAUCUGUAGAUUAUUUUGUUCCUUUUUCUAAUAAAUAAAUAAUAAGUACAAUUUUUGACCCGAAAAGGACUCGAAUAAAACAGAUAGAUAGAUGUUAUGGUAUAAUUCUGUAAAAGUGUAAAAGGUUGUAAAAAAAAAAGAAAAAAAAAAAAAAGAAUCUGAUUCUUAGAAUCAAUCUGAAUACAUGAAAAGAACUCUAACAGUUUUAAUAUCGAUGUUUUUAACCAGCCUGGUAACUGCUAUUGAGUACAUGUGUCAGUAUUAUCUAAAAUAAAUAAAGCUAUUUCAAAGAAUAAA